AUGGAGGCGAAGGGCUAUUUUGGUUUGGACUUUAUGCAUUCAGGCAAGUUGACAGAGUACAGUGACGUAUACAGCUUCGGGGUGGUGCUGCUGCAGCUCGCCACAAGGAAGGAGGCACUCAUCACGAGUGGGCAAGAGAUCGUGCCGCUCAGGCAGCACGUGUUGCACCUCGCCUUCGGCCCGGAUGGCCUUUCCUAUGUUGUCGACCAAAGCCUGCUCAGUGCCGGGGAAGGGAGUGGGAGGGUGAACGCGGGGCAGAUGGUGGCGGAGCUUCAGGACACGUUCAGCACGUUCAUGUGCUACGCGCUGUGGUGCGCAGAGGAGCACCCCAAGCGGCGCCCCAACAUGGUGGACGUGGAGUCAGCACUGCGUGACAUUGAAGCUGCUGCUGCUAGUGCUGGUGGGUUUCAAGAAGUGCACCAGCAGCAUGGUGUAGCUCGAGGGGCAAAUUGGUUUGCUCCCCAAUGGGGCCCUGGGCUUGUCGCUGGAGUGCACCCCCCUCCAUCCAUUGCCGCCUAUGUGGGUGCAGUGAUGGGAAACGGGUACGCUGGUAGCUCGCCUUCUGAAGCUGGUGGAUUUAUGGAGGAAGAAACUUAG